AUGGCCGCGAACAACCACAGCGCGAUAGGACUAAUAGGCUCCAGCAUCGCAUCGCAACUGGCCUCUUUUUCACGCCCGACGCCACGACCGGGACCCGGGCAAGUGUUGGCCAAGACACUGCUCGUAGGACAUACGCCCCUGUCACAGUGGCAGGUCGACUUUCGAUUGUUCGUCGGAGAGGAAGACCACGUGCUAGGCGGGAACGUGGUCGGGGAGAUCCUCGAAGUCGGAGCGGGCGUGCGGGAGGAGCUUCGAGUCGGCAGUAUCAUCAUGGGGUUCCAAUUCGCCCUGCCCGACGAGAGGCCGAAUCAGGAGCUCGUGCUCGUCAACCAGCACAAUGCCUGCCUUGUCCCUGGCAAUAUCUCUCUUCAUGAAGCAGCUACCGUACCGGACAACUUCGUCACCGCGUACCACUCUCUGAUCACAGAGCUCGGCGUCCCGCUUCCGCUGUCCUUCCCGUCGCCUGCGGCUCCACCCAACCCAGGACUGUGCAUCCUCAUAUGGGGCGGGGCGUCCACGAGCGGCAUGUUUGCUAUCCAGGCAAGCCCCUCACCCUUUGACCACGGCCACCGUUGUCAGAUUCUGCGCGCGGCGGGGUACACGAACAUUCUGAGCGUCUCGUCCGCGCGGCACUUUCCCCUCCUCGCGUCCUUUGGCGCGAGCGCGACGUAUGACUACGCGUCUCCGGAUAUCGCGCGCACGCUCUCCGCGCUCGACAUCGACGUCGCACUCGACUGCGUCGGCGACGAGGCGACGACCGUGCGUCCGAUCGCCGCCGUCGUGAAGCGCGGCGCGAGGGUCGGCGUGCUGCUCCCCGUGAGGAGAGGCGGGUACGGGAGCACGGAGGGCGUCACCAUGGACAUCGACGUGCCGUUCGCGGAUGGGGUGCGGGUGGCGGGCAUCCGGACACAUUUUUAUCAGAGGAACGAGGACAUGAAGAAUCUGCUCCAGCCUAAGAUCAUGAACCAGAUGGUCGCGCUGGGGCUCGUCAAGCCAGUGCCGUUUAGAGUGAUGGAGGGCGGCUCGAUCUUGGAGAGGACGGAGAAGAUGCUCGAGGAGUACAGGAGAGGGAACGUGCGAGGGGAGAAGAUCCUGGUCGACUGGAGGGCGUAG